AUGGAUGUAGCUCCAGCAACAAAUAUAAAUGAAGUAAAGGAACGUAAGCCACCACCUAUUGUAGUGGAAAUCAAUGUAUCAUUUUCCGAAAUCCAAAAUUUAUUAGGUAAGGAAUGCUUUUUUAAGCGUACUUCCAUUGGUACCAAAGUAUUCACUCCAAACCAGGCAGUAUAUAAAAGCUGUAUGCAAACACUAAAGGAAAAUCAAAUUGAGUUCCAUUCGUAUAAUUCGAAAGAUAAUAGGUUAUACACCACCUUCUUGCAUGGCUUACCUCGUAUCAAAGCAGACGAUAUCAAAUCCGAAUUGGAGAGCUACAACUUGUCACCAUCUGCUGUAACUGAAAUUAUUACCAAAUUUAGCUCGGAUAAUAAUGCAGUGUAUAAGGUACAAUUUAUUCGAAAAAACUUUAAUCCAAGUUCUUUAAAAAAUGUGAGAACUAUAGCUAACGUAAUUAUUACAUGGAAAAAAUACAGACCGAAGAAAAAUGAUAGACCAACACAAUGUUGGAACUGUCUAAUGUAUGGUCAUGGUGGAGAGCAUUGUCAUCGAGGUGCCGCUUGCAUGAUAUGCGCAGAAAACCAUCAUACAAAUGUUUGUCCAUUUAAUACAAAUGAAAAGCGACCAGCUGUUUUUACUUGUUUUAAUUGUAAAAAACAUGGAAAAGAAAGAACUGAUCAUGCAGCAAACGACAUAAAUUGUCCACUACGUUCUCUUUAUCUGGAGACGAGGGCAAGAGUAACAACUAAAUCUCAUAAUAACAACAGAGUACAGCAAAAUCUAAAUACAUUCCAAUUCAACGGUGUGGAAUUUCCCAACUUAGUCAAUACAACAAGCCGCAACAAUAAUAUAAUGAAUGCCAACGUUUCAUACGCAAACCAGCUGAAAAAUAAUUCCGAUCUGUUUAGUGUCGAUGAACUUUUCGAUAUCUUUACAACUGCUAUGGAAGAUUUACAAAGAUGUACAUCAAAAGUGCAACAAAUUAAAGUUGUUAUGUCUAUGAAACGACAGGUCAGAUGGAAGAGGAGGAGGCGUCGCUUUACUGGUUCAUAAAUCUAUAAAACAUAAAAACUGCUUCACAUUUAACACUAGAUCUAUUGAAAAUAUAUCUAUAGAAAUAACAAUAAAUAAUAGACCGAUUGUAAUAACUUCUGCAUACUCGCCCCGUUAUAACAAUAAUUUUUCUAAUGAUAUUCAUAAACUUACACCUUCAGCCAAUGAAUACAUAGUUUUAGGAGACCUAAAUGCUAAACAUUCCGCCUGGAAUUGUGCUACAAGUAACACAGCAGGUGUCAUACUCAACAACAUACAACAAACUUGUAACUUUUUCGUAUACUACCCAAAUAGUCCUACAUUAUACCCACAUCAACGUAAUAGACAACCGUCUACGGUCGAUGUGGUAAUUAGUAAUUCCGCACUAAAUAUAGAAGUAAGAACGUUGGGUUACGAAAUUCCUUCAGAUCAUCGUCCCAUUAUUUGCACCAUAAAACGAUCGAAGGCUUCAAUUGCUGAUAUCAGUUACUAUGAUCAUAGAUUAACGAACUGGAACAUAUUUAAGAAUUUUGUUGACAAUCAUAUAGUAUUCAAUAUAGAUGAUUACAAUUCAAAGCAAACAAUUGAUAAUGAAAUUAACAAAUUAACCAACAUUAUUUUAGAAGCAAGAAAUGCAUCAACUCCCAAAGUUACUCAACGAAACUAUUUUGAAUUGCCUGAGAACAUCU